AUGACGGGCGUUGGGGAGGCAUCCGCGAUCUUGACAGUAGCUGAGGCAGGGUUUUCACUUGCCUCAAAGCUCAAAGACCUGCUAGACGAUUACAAAAGUGCGACAAAUGUUAUCCAAAGCCUGCGUCAAGAGCUCCAAACGACAUCGUCAUCAUUAGAAAACCUCGGCAAACUUGCGGAACAAAAUGGUCUGCAGAACCAAAAUGGCGUGUCAGACACCAGGGCCUUGACCGCUAGGUGCCAGAAGACUAUUUCAGAAAUAGAAAAUCUCUUAAGGCUGGAGAGCGCUCCGCUCAGUUCAGCUUUAGACAGCCCAGGCAGAGAGAUGACACGAUCUGACCGAAUGAAGUGGGCAUUUUCGAAACCAAAAGUGAAAGUCCUUCGAGCAGAGUUGGCAGCAGUCAAGCUAGAUAUCAUGCUUCUCUACUUCACACUGAUGACGUUUAUAGCCCACACCAAAAGCGACCAACAGCACUUCAAAAAUAAAAUCCCAGCGGUGAGGAAAGAAUUGCAAUGGGCAAAUGCCAAAUAUGAGGAAAUGUUGAGUUGGGCGAAACGUGCAGAGGAGAAGGCUAGUAAGAGUACUAGACGAAAAGAGCCUUUUCGCAAACCAUCGUUCAGAGAAUCUGACAAGAGAGGGAUGGAAGGAUAUCUUGCAUAUCUAACUCAGCGCGACGCUGCUCGGAGAGAGAGGCGAAGACAAGAAGCUUUGGCGUUUCGACAGCAACAGGAGGAGCAGAAGAGAAAGAACGACGAAGAGAAAGAGAGAAAAAUCAGAGACGCUGCCGUUCUCGAAUACAAGUCUCAAAAGAAGGAAGAGGAGAAGAAGGCGGAAGAAGCAAGACAGCAAUCGGAAGAUCUUCUUCAGAAGCUGCUCACAAAGGCAGGUGUCGAAGAAGAUAAAGUUGGGUUGAUCUUGAAGGAUCUGGCAUCCACCGCCCACCCUCCAAUCGUGUCACUCAAGAAGGCUGAGCCGCUUAUCCAAUCACAGCCGGAAACAGACAACCAUCCAAUUCCAGCAGCUGUUGGGAUCCGGGGGUCCGUUCUUUCAAGGCUUUUUCGGCCUAGAACAGAUAUUCCAUCAGACCAAAACACCAAGUCUGUCUUUCUUGAACCAGUCAGGUCAGGAGCCAAUCACAAACAAGUCGCAGAAAAGCCUACAGUCCUUGAGUCAUGGAUAAUAAAGCAGUCCUCUGACACCGUCUUUCCGGUCCCAAUAUCAGAGGAACUGCUUUCACAGUUACUUGGAGCCCAGAGGGGUUCAGAACGUGGACCUUCACUUUUGAGACGAUAUGCGCUUCUUGAAGCAUUCUAUCAACGCGCGAUUACGAAUUUGUGCGUGGGCCGUGAUAAAAGACCAGGGGUUUACUGGGAAUUAAUAUACUUAAACGAGUUAGGAGAACGGAAGAGGACUGGUUUAUGGAGACGUGUUAAAGAGAUUGCUUGUGUUCACAUUGUUGUGAGAUUAGAGCAGGCCCAAUCCGAAGAGAUGAUGAAAGAAACGAUUACUGCCGGGCAAGGUACCAGCAAGGCAGGCAAUGGUCCCACGACAUCUCAUGAGCAGAUGACUGAUCCUUCCUCGGAAGUGCCACCCUUGAAUUCUACGAAGCCCUUGAUAGAGCACGUUCCUGAACAUAUGGCUGGAUCAGACCCAGACCUGCCUCAUAAACCCAAGCACGAGAACGUACGUGAGAGUGUGCAAAGGAAACCGCGCCACUAUUCUGGUCGAAAAAGCGCGUUUGGAGGGCCCUUGUUGGCCGAUAUCGUUGAACGUAUCAUUGUGGAUAGCAGUGGAGUGAAGGGUAUGAAGAAAGUGACUACUGAGGUCUUCAAAGACGCCAUAGAUACCAGAGUUGUUCACGAGUCUGGUUAUAAUUUCAUUGAAGAAGAUGGGACGAUCCUGAUUCCUGAGGCGCUGAACGAAUCCGAACUCAACAAAAUGUAUGAAUGGAGCAAGUCAAUCAGAAGGAUGGAUAGCCAAGCCAGCGGCUGGGAUCAUGUGAAGUACGGGGACAAUCGUGCCGUGAGAAGCCCGCACAUCACCUGGGACAUACCAUACUCUCGCUCAGCAAAUACCGACGAUUUGGCUUACCAGUAUCGGCCAAGAAAUGAAAACCAGGUCACUUUUAACGAACCUGUCAAGCGCACGUUGUCUCAACCAGGCGGAACUGGUUUCAUUGUACGGAGGUCAGGGUCAUGGGAUGAUCCUUCAUCUCGCUACUCACUCGCGGCAAAGUCGCCUUACUAUGAUUCUACUGGGAAGGAGUUGGUGAAGUACAAAUCUCCGAACACUGGUGUUAAAGAUUUUGCCCGAAAUGAUGAGCGUGCGCGGUCGCUUCGACGUCAGCAAGACUUUGAAUUUGCUCAGAACUCUUCAUCUAUGGGUUAUCCAACUCGAGGGGGGAAUGAUAGCCGUGGCAUUAUACUUCCGAAUGAACGUUAUGAAAGCCCGGAAGAAUACACAGAUCCUGAUUGGGAUAGACUUGCAUAUCAACCUCGAUCAACCAGACGGGGGACUCGUAGUCUCGCAAACUCUGCAAAACGACACUAUGAGAAUAGUACUCAAGAUGAUGGACCCAACACUGGACAUGCCAGGAGCCGGCACCGUGGUCGACUUAACGAAUCAGCACAUGAAACUCAUCGACCACGAAGUCGGGAGAGGCGUCGACCUAUGGAAUAUUCACUCGCUGAAAACAUGCGUACUGGCCACGAUCAUUCUCACAUGAGAGCUCGUUACAAUCGAACCGAGGUUUCAGCAGAACGAGAAGAUGAUCUUUCGGAUAGCAGUGCCUAUGAUUCCACAUCCGACCCGGGGGAACGAGAAAGAGAGGACAUCACCUUACGGUUUAGAAAAAGAUCCGACACACUCGAAAGCGAUACUGAAUCAACGGACAACGAGGACGUCAUGUCACCUGACAAGAUUAUCCGAAGCCAAGAUACCAUGUUCGACAAGGGCCGUAUAGGAAUUCCAGUAGCCAGAUUCGAUAGUGUGAUUCAAUUAACCGAUUCAGAAAUAAUUGAGCAACAGCUAGCCCGUUAUAGGGACAAUCAGAGUGCUGAAGCUACUGUCGAUGAACUGGCCGGAACAACAGCCGGAGAUUCACUGCAUAAUCUUGAUGGUGCAGUGCUCCCUACACAAUUCAAAGCUGCGUCGGUAGAGGACAUCUCAGCAGCAGUGCUGCCUGGGCCGGAUAUCCUGCCAGGGCACAUUGGUGAUUCAGCAGUCUAG